AUGCAGUGCUACCGUCAGCUGCAGUUACACGUCUUCGUGGAUGCGAGCGAGGCUGCGUAUGCAGCUGUUGCGUAUUUUCGGAUCGUCGACACAAAUGGUACGUCAAAAUGCGCUCUGGUGACAGCAAAAACCAAGGUUGCGCCCCUGAAACACCUGUCCAUUCCACGGAUGGAGCUACAGGCUGCUGUACUUGGACCUCGAUUGAUGCGUUUUAUUCUGGAGUCCCAUACCGUAACUAUAACUGAACGGUACAUGUGGUCGGAUUCUACAACAGUUCUGGCGUGGCUUAGAGCGGAUCCCCGCAAAUAUAAGCAGUAUGUAGCCUGCAGAAUCGGGGAAAUAUUGGAACAGACGGACGUGAACGAGUGGUGGUGGGUACCUUCGAAGAAUAACCCAGCGGAUUACGCCACGAAAUGGGGAAGCGGUCCAUCUGUGGACGUUAAGGGUGCUUGGUUCCAGGGACCAUCUUUUUUGUAUCUACCGAUGGAAGGGUGGCCGAAGCAGAAAGUACCAUUACCAAUGGUGGAAGAAGAGUUCCGUCCAUGCAAAGUUCAUGUGGAAGCGGCUGUACCAACGGCGGUGAUUGAUUGCGAGCGCUUCUCUAAGUGGGAACGUCUACUGAGAGCAACGGCCUACGUGCAUCGCUACGUGGGGAACCUGAAACGAAGCAUCUAUGGUGAGGCGAAGAAUACAGGUUUCCUCAAUCAAGAGGAGCUGCAGCAAGCAGAAGUGACGCUGAUUGCGAUGGCGCAACGACAGGAGUUCUCAGAUGAACUUGCGGUGCUCUCACGUGAUCGUGACCGACCCAGAACCGAUCGAGUGGGUUUGAGCAAAGCCAGCUCGUUGUAUCAACUGACGCCAUUCGUCGAUGAGACCGUCGUCCGCAAGAUUGGGAGCGGAUGUAACAUGUGCAAGCAGCUUCGAACGACUCCUCAUGUUCCACGCAUGGCAUCCCUUCCUCCAGCCCGCCUAGCUUCGUUUACGAGGCCCUUUACCUACGUUGGCCUGGACUUCUUUGGACCCUUAGUUGUGAAGGUGGGGCGUAGCAAUGUGAAACGGUGGGUUGCGCUCUUCACUUGCCUUACAAUCCGUGCGGUGCAUUGUGAAGUAGUUUACAGUUUAUCAACCGACGCCUGCCUGAAGAGUAUUCGCCGUUUUGUGUGUCGCCGAGGAGCCCCGGCCGAAAUUCAUUCUGAUAACGGCACAAAUUUCUGUGGCGCGGAGCGGGUGCUGGUGAGGCAGAUUCAGCAUAGACUUGCUGCGACGGUGACCAGCACGACAACCAAAUGGCUAUUCAUUCCACCCACAGCCUCCCAUAUGGGCGGCGCGUGGGAGCGCAUGGUGCGCUCGGUGAAGUAG